AAACGGUUCGUUCAAUUUUUGAAGUUACGCCGUCGGAUUUGAGCGGUUUCGUGGUGUGUUUGGUGGUUGUGUUUUCUGUUUUCAGCAACAGAUAUCAUUGUUCACUGUGCUGCAUCAACGAGCUAAGCUUGAUUCAUUGUGUUGCGAAGUGCAAACGUACGAAAAUACACUUCCACAUUAUAUGCCAGAGUGAAAAAAGAACAAAUCAUUGUAAAUGCCCCGAAAAAGGAUGCGUGCUGCAGAGUAGCAUUUUCGAUGCAUGUAGCGGAAGGCAAAGAUUGUGAGAAUAGUGGAAUUUUUUGUGCGUUCACGAAUAAAUAAACUGAUUCGUCUAAACGAACAUCGAUAUCUGGUCGCAUUAAACUAACGAUUACAACCAGCCGAGCAACAUGGAUGAAAUGUUGGAAAUGUUUAACUCCUUUAUAGGGGAAGCAUUCGAUAGAGAAAAUGCAAUGGCUGCGGAAUUUACGGAAUUCGAAAGGAAACUCAACGAAUGCGUUAUGCUGGCAAACGAGCGGGGUACGCCAGUCCAGAACAAGAAGCGUCCCAAAAGACAGGCUUCCAUAUCGGAAAAGGAUGAGGAAGGUACGAGUAGCAAUGAUACGCAUAAACCGACAUUUAUUGAUGGCCAAGAACCGUUACAAUCAGAAAAGCGGUCACAUGUAAGUGAUCGCCCCACUAACCUGCCCGGUCGUUCAUCGGCCCGCAUGCUGGAUGUUACUGGUAAAGGAAGGGACGAUCAGCCUCCUCAGCCAAUGGAAACUAGCAGCGAAACGAAUGAAAGUACUAUACGCCCUUCGAGAACGGCUCGGUUAAAGGCACAAGAGAAACUGAGGGAACCUCCUUUGAUUGCAAAGAUGCGAAACGAUGGUGGUUCGGCGACCGUAAACAUAAAGAUUGAACGUAACUCAAGCGUCACUAGUAACACACUACUGCACGGAGGAAAAGAUGCUGGGAUAGCAAAGCAAAAAGCACCGCUGGAACAAACGUACGUGGAGAUGGAAACGGAGAAUGAUGUGAACCAGGCAAAUAGAAUCAUUGCACCAGUGGUGGACAAACGCAACGACGAAGGUUUCUCGAGUGCUACCGAAUCAUCGAAACAGCAGAAGGAUGAGCCAACAGCUGCUCGCGAAAUGUCGCUAAUGGUCAUAACACCGUUGGUUCCGAAGGUGGAAAUUCUUUCCGAUGAAGAGAUGCCUCCACCGAGUAUGCCACCUCCAAAAUUGCCUGCACCCAAGGUGCGCACGAAAAAGAAGCCAGCUGCUGGUGGAAAAAAUAAAAAAGAUAAUAAUGAUACAGCGUCUAGUUCGGCGGUUUCGUCGGCCGACUCGACGAUGGACAGUACGAACAGCACUGUUAGCAGCAACGCUAGUACCACUGCUAACGAUCGUCCGAGCCGAUCGAAAUCAAAAGCGUUAGUGAAACAGUCAGCUGUACAGUCUCCAAGGCUUAUGGAGAUGAACGUUAUGAUCGAACCAGUUCGCGUGAAAACGGAAAAACUAUCAAUCGCCCAGCAGUCCCCUAGUGGCAUAUCCGACAAAUCUACCUACGAAGAUGCACGAGAGCAACCAAAUCAAGAUCAGGUGGAAAACGCACAGUUGGAAAAGCAAAUGCGUCCACUACAGAUAGUGCUGGAAAAGAUAAAUCCGCAAGCUGCGCCCCAUCCGAUCGCCAAUAAUCAAUGCGACUUAAAUGAAACGUACACGCAACCUAAGCCUUCCGAUGGAACGUUCGUUAUGCCACCGUCGGUACAGGAUGGUACGUUCGUUAUGCCACCGUCGGUACAGGAUGGUACGUUCGUUAUGCCACCGUCGGUACAGGAUGGUACGUUCGUGAUUGAAAAGAAUGGAUCAUCGAACCGCCCGAAUGCGGCUGAUGGAAUGAUGAUCAAUGCAAGCAUUAUGACCGAGGACGAAUCGGUCAUCGAAAACUCACCCGUACAGAUGCCGGAACAACCGAAAUCUAAAGCAUCCGUCAGCCAAAAAGUGGCCCCUCCGGCAACGGCUCCAAAGCCGACGAAUCUUGCCACCAUGAAAAAGUCUGCCAGCAAACUGAAGAAAAAUAAAGAACUCUUCAAUCCGUGCGUAAUGAGUCCGAUCAAGAGCCGCAUCGAGGCAUUUGAAAAGUGUGCUACCACAUCGUCGAAGGUUGGUACACCGCAGGCCCAGGUCGGACGUCUCCUGAAGACGGUCAGCACACCGACAAUUGGCACGGAAACGCAUGGGCUGGUUCGAUCGGCCCACGCUAAGCCACUCGGCUCAUCCGUUUACACUCCGACCUAUGCCACACUACACGUACCGAAAUCAUCCUCCGCAUCAAAGGUCAGUCAAAUGCAGAGUAGAGCGUUACAGCAUGCCACACGCAGUCAAUCGCGUGACUCUAGUUGGGACCGUGCUACUGCCGGCAGCACUGGUACACUGUCGGCGGCCUCAUCCACCUCCUCGCUGCUGGACGAGAAAAAGAAAAAGCGCGAAGAAAAGCAACGUUUGGCAGCGGCGCAACGGGAAGCGAUGGAACGGGAAAAGCGCGAACAUGCGGAACGCUUGGUGCGCGAAAAAGAGGAAAAGUAUCGGAAGCUGGUCCACGAAAAGCAGGAAAAGAUACGUAUCGAUGCGCAAAAGAAGCAAAAAAAGCUGGAGGAGUUCGAGAAGCGACGUGUGAUGGAGGAACAAAAGGCACUCGCCGAUCAGAAGCGGGAUGAGUUGGCCAAACAGUUGGCCGAACAGCAAAGAAUCGAUCGAGAGCUGCUGGAAACGCUGAAACAAAAUCAGGCUAAGGAUAACCACGAAGUUAAACUCCACAAACAGAUGUAUCAGCAAAAGCUGCGACAGCAGCAACAGCAGCAGCAGCAGGCAGCAAAGAAGAAAGUGGCUACAGCUCAAACCGAAUUGUUUACGUUCGAAAUGAUCGAUACGGACGAUAGCACGGAUGAGGAGGUUAGCGAGGACACAAGCGCACCUCGUAAGAAAAAGCGUCCGCCAACACCGGAAUGGUGCCAGAAGUCGGCCAAUUUCCAGCAACGGCUUACGAUCCAAUCUCACAUUGAUGCAAAGGUGAUCGACGGUCUGUUUUCGGUGCAACCAAUGACGCCAGAUCUGCGCUUGCUGUUCCCUGCCAUCGAUGCACACAAACUGAAACGUAACUCGAGUGCAAUUUGGCGCACACCGCCACGCCCCUCGGAGAUUCCGUAAGCGCUGCCAGGUUGCCGCCGAAUGUCACUAGAGAAAUAUGUUUUCAGUUAUAAACUUCAACGUAACAGCCGUGUAACAUUCUAUUUGCAUUUGAAUUAAUGUUUUUGCUACGAUUUUAAUAUGCGUAAAGUAGGUAUAUGCUUUUUUCCUUUUGCGUACUUGGUUGUAAGUUUUGCAUGCACUGUCUCUGUGUUUGUUGGAGGAGAAAAUACAUGAAGCAAUGAGCGUUGAA